CCCUUCGGCGUCAGGCGGUCGUCAAGAGCGGCGGUUUCUGUAUAUUUUCCCCUGUGGUGUGCUACUGGUGCCUGCGAUUCAUAUGGAGUGUGUAGACGUCACCAUGGGAUGGUGGAAUGUGACAUAGAGGGCCAAUGUCCCCCUUCCAGUAUUUGUGUUUGUGGAAACCCUAAAGCAGACAAAAUAGGGAAUCCAGGCUGCAAGGACACCAGGCCGCGUGAAGCCCGUCCAGGCUUCCUAGCCUACCUUUGCCUGGACUGCAGGCCCUAUGACAUGGGUUGUUUUGGAAGCGCUGCAUCGAAACAAGAUGCAGAUGAAUCCAAAAAACAAAAGGAAAAGAAUAAGAAAAUUAACCAACAAAUACAGAAGGACAAGCAGGUGUACAGAGCCACUCAUCGUUUGUUAUUGUUAGGUGCUGGUGAAUCGGGCAAGAGUACGAUCGUCAAACAGAUGCGGAUACUUCACGUGAAUGGCUUCAGUGCAGAAGAGAAGAAGAAGAAAAUAGCAGACAUUAAGAAAAAUGUGCGAGACGCUAUCCUGACGAUCACCGGUGCUAUGAGCACGCUGUCGCCGCCCAUAGCGCUGGAACACUCCGACAACGAGGCCAGGGUCAACUACGUCCAGGAUGUGGCGUCCCAGCCGUACUUCGACUACCCGCCGGAAUUCUACGACCACGUCGAGGCACUCUGGCAGGACAAGGGCGUUCAGGCGUGUUACGAGAGGGCCAACGAGUACCAGCUGAUCGACUGCGCGAAGUAGUAAGUACUCCCGCCGACGGGCACGGCUUCGGGCCCC